AUGCUGUCCCCCACACCAGCUGCCCUGCAGUCAGUGUUAAAUUCAUGCACCUCAGUUGUCUUCAGUGUAGCAGACCUAUCAAAGGUCAAGUCUGCAGCACUAUUCCAAAUGAAGUGCACUAUCUUCAUCAACACUUUCUUCCUUGAUGCAGCCACCAUCAGGAAGAUGGCACAUCAGUGCAUGGAUGCUGAAGUAUCACAUGACAAAAAACCCAAGAAGGAGCUCUUCCUUCAUGACAGGAAGUACAUAAAUUAUAUUGGGCAAGACCAAGACAUUCAGCAUCUGUUAAACUUUAUUGGUGUAUUGUUCAAAUGGGCGCUCAGUGAACUGUCAACUGGCAAGUUUAAGGACCAGGAUUUUAAAAUGAACAAGAAGACACAUGAAUAUCCCAAAGAGCUCAAAAAGCUAUUUGAUGCGAUGCCAAUAGAGCAUCAUAAUGCUCUAGUGAGAAGUAUCUUUACCCAAGAGGGGCAGUAA